ACACCAUGAACUACGUGGGGCAGCUUGGCUGGCACGUGCUGGUCACUGUGAAGCAGUUGUACAAGGACAUAAACCAGGCCACUCUUUCGGGCUGCAUCGACGUGGUGGUGGUCCGCCAGAGGGAUGGCACCUACCAGUGUUCCCCCUUCCACGUGCGCUUUGGCAAACUGGGUGUGCUGCGCUCCAAAGAGAAAGUGAUUGACAUUGAAAUCAACGGUGAGGCUGUUGACCUGCACAUGAAAUUGGGUGAUAAUGGAGAGGCCUUUUUCGUCCAAGAGACUGAACAGGAAAAUGCUAUCCCGGCCCACCUUGCCACCUCCCCGAUUCCCACAGAGAGUCACCUCUUCUGGAUCUCUGAGGUGGAACACAGGACCCCUAAAGACCUGGAGGACAACCAGGGUGACGCAGACGACCCCCCUGACCCCCCCACCUCCAGCACUGUGAGCACCAAGAAGAAGAGACGGAGGAGGAAGAAGCACAAGGGAGACCCACGCAGAGAGGAGCUGACCCCGCCCAUGUCUGCUGCUAAUGCUAACGCUGCUAACAACACACCUGCUGCUACGUCCGGCAACGGGCAAAAUGAGGAGAUCUUUGAGAUGGACCUGAGCUCUGAUGAGGACACUGCCACUCAUGUCUCGAGAUCACCUUCCGUCACCACAGUGAGAGACACUGAGUCCAAACUGCCUGCUCUCAGACACAGCCUGGACUAUCCGGUUUCAGAUGGAGACUGGCCCCCAGACGACAGUCAUGAUUUGUCCGAGGCUUUCUCUCCCAAAAGUGACUCUGAGCUGAUUGUUCGACUCGAGAGCUUCCUGAGGGCGGAGUCUCACAUCCAGUGGACCUGAGAGUUUCCUGAAACAACCAGGGUGACCAAAAGGAGAAAACCAGAAGUCAAAACGGUCACCAUCACUCCGUCUGAGAGCACGCACUUUCGAGUGAUCCUGAGUUCUGAAGCCAUGGAAGACGACACUGAUCUGGAUAAGAACAAUGCUGCUGCUACUUCACUAUGUACUAUAGUCAAACCAGAACCACGCACACCGGGCACCCUGUCCCCACUGUUGCAUUCUGUCGCACCUUUAGUCCCCUUAGACCCCAGUCCUGGUCCAGAUCCUGCCUUGGGUUUACUGAGUCCCACUGAGCCUCUGGAUGUACUGCCCUCUAGUGUCACUACUUCCACGCCUUCACACAACCCCCUGACGGAUUCACCCUCCAAGAAAAAAGGUGUCCCAAAGAGGAGCCAGCAUCAGGGCCCUGAGGAUAUUUACCUGGAUGACUUGAAUGUACUUGAGCCUGAUGUUGCUGCAAGAUAUUUUCCCAAGAGUGAGUCUGAAGCUGCCACUAAACACUGGAUGGAUUCGGAGAUGCGAUCGGGCUCUCAGUCUCCUCAGUCCGUGGGCAGUGCGGCAGCUGACAGUGGGACCGAGUGUCUGUCAGACCAAGCCUCAGACCUGCCCGAUGUCACCCUGUCGCUGUGCGGAGGCCUCACCGAGAACGCAGAGAUAUCCAAAGAAAGGUUCAUGGAGCAUAUCAUUACCUAUCAUGAGUUUGCUGAAAACCCGGCAAUUAUAGAUAACCCCAAUCUGGUGGUCAAGAUAGGAAAUCGAUAUUACAACUGGACCCUCGCUGCUCCCUUAAUUUUAAGUCUUCAAGCAUUUCAGAAAAACUUACCAAAGGCUACAGAAGAGGCCUGGAUGAAGGAGAAAAUGCCAAAGAAGUCAGGGCGCUGGUGGUUCUGGCGAAAACGGGCGGAUAGUACAAUCAAACAGUCAGAGACAAAGCUUGAAGCCAAGGAGGAGUCCCAGCUAGAAGAAGGACCUUCGCUGCCUCAGGACAAAAUGCCCUUAAUAGCUAAAGUAGGAGAUUCGUCCAGUGAUGAGGAGGCUAAGGAGGUGAGUGCGGCCUCGUGUCAGGACACCGCCCCUCACCACACGACCAUGCAUACCUACAGGAAGUCCCUACGCCUCUCCUCUGACCAGAUCGCCAGUCUUAAGCUGAAAGAAGGUCCAAAUGAGGUGACGUUCAGCAUCACGACUCAGUACCAGGGCACGUGUCGCUGUGAGGGCACCAUCUACCUGUGGAACUGGGACGACAAAGUCAUCAUCUCCGACAUCGAUGGCACCAUCACUAAGUCUGAUGUAUUCGGACAGAUUUUGCCUCAGCUGGGUAAGGACUGGACUCAUCAGGGCAUCGCUAAACUCUACCACUCUGUCGCUGAAAACGGGUACAAGUUCCUGUACUGCUCUGCACGGGCGAUCGGGAUGGCAGACAUGACACGAGGCUACCUGCAGUGGGUGAAUGAUGGAGGGAUCAUUCUGCCCCGUGGACCCCUCAUGCUCUCCCCCAGCAGCCUCUUCUCCGCCUUUCACAGGGAAGUUAUUGAGAAGAAACCUGAAAUCUUUAAGAUCGAAUGCCUUACGGACAUCAAGAACCUGUUCCAGCACAACAAACAGCCAUUUCACGCCGCUUUUGGGAAUAGGACUAAUGAUGUGUUUGCCUAUAAGGAGGUUGGGGUCCCUGAGUGCAGAAUCUUCACUGUGAACCCCAAAGGAGAGCUCAUCCAAGAGCAGACCAAAGGCAACAAGUCCUCUUAUUGCAGGCUUAGCGAGUUGGUGGAGCACGUCUUUCCUCUGCUGAGUAAAGAGCAGACUGAGGCCUUCGUGUUGCCAGAGUACAGCUCCUUUUGUUACUGGAGACAGCCUCUGCCGGACAUCAACCCAGACGAGCUGCUCUGAUCCACAGACUGUACCAGACAUUGCAGUAAUGACAGCAAAAUACAUGAUGAAAUGAAAAAAAAAUGAAAUAAUGGUUAGACCUAAACUUAAAGCAUAA